AACAUUAUUGCCUGUGGUUGUCACGCUGCUGUCUAUGAAGCCCGUGCACGUACACUGGAAAAAGCGGAACGAACCCCGCUUGGCACCGUUUGCGCAAAUUUACCGUGCACUUCUUCGUCACCGACUGCGCAUCGAAAGCAGAUUGAUACAGAAGAUCCAUUCGUUGCAUAUCCAUUGGCUUUAAAAAUAAUGUUCAACUAUCAGUUUGCUGCACCGGAAAGGCACUUAUGGAUGGAUAUGGGCACUGAACUUAUCCCUGUUCGCAAGAGGCCUCCCGAACUCAUUGGCUAUAUGGCCAAGUACUUUUUGGCAUUCAUCACUCACUUACGAAACAUUAUCGCCUGUGGUUGUCAUGCUGCUGUCUAUGAAGCCCGUGCACGUACAGUGGAAAAAGCAGAACGAACCCCGCUUGGCACCGUUUGCGCGAAUUUACCGUGCACUUCUUCGUCACCGACUGCACAUCGAAAGCAGAUUGAUACAGAAGAUCCAUUCAUUGCAUAUCCAUUGGCUUUAAAAAUAAUGUUCAACUAUCAGUUCGCUGCGCCGGAAAGGCACUUAUGGAUGGAUAUGGGCACUGAACUUAUCCCUGUGCGCAAGAGGCCUCCCGAACUGAUCGGCUAUAUGGCCAAGUACUUUUUGGCAUUCAUGAGUUUUUUGCCUCAUUCACAUCCAAAUAUUGUACAUAUGUAUAAAGCUUUCACCGAUCGAAUGCCAAUCCUGGAGGAUGCUCAUCGUUUGUAUCCAGAAGCUCUGCCUACCAAUGAUUUCUUUGAAUUGGUCGUCGAUGAACCGAAAACAUUAUUUAUUGUAAUGAAAAGGUACCGAAUGACGUUACGCGAAUAUGUACUUACGUGUAAAAGAAAUUUUUGGAUUGGAAGAGUGAUGUUUGGGCAACUCUUGGAAGCGAUAGUGUAUUUAUACGAUCGACGAAUAAGUCAUCGUGAUAUUAAAUCAGAUAAUAUUUUACUGGAUUUUGAUACUGAAGAGGAUGUUCCGCAUUUAGUUUUAAGUGAUUUUGGAUGUGCAUUAGCGACUGGAACAUGGAAAGUACGUUAUCACAGCGACACGGUUGAUUUGGGUGGAAAUUUAGCACUAAGAGCGCCUGAGAUACGCUGCGCUCGACCCGAUCCCGACCAGUUGGUGGAUUUCCGAAUGGCCGAUUUAUGGGCAGCGGCCACUAUUGGGUAUGAAAUAUUUACGAGGUAG